AAAACAUAUAUAAAGUCAUUGAAAGACCAGUUUAAUCAAACUCCUCGAGGAUUUUAUCAUAUGAACAAAAAUCAAGAUACAUAUCUCACAACAUGUCCUUCAAGAGACUUAUCAGAUUUAUUGGUGAAGAUAACCAAGAAUACUUUGGGGAUGCUAUACUUCCAGAAGAUGAAAUAGAUGUUUACAAGGCAAAAGAAGCUACUAUAAUCAUUGGUGAUGUUCUUAAAGAUUACACCUUGACAAACUAUACACAAAAGAUCAAAAAGUUAUUGUCACCACUCUCACCAGAUCAAAUACCUUCAUUAAGAUGUGUUGGUAUGAAUUACACCAAGCACGCUAUUGAGAUCAAAAUGGAAAUUCCAAAAUACCCAGUGUUGUUUUUCAAACCAACUUCAGCGAUAGUUGGUCCUUCAGAUCCAAUCAGAGUCCCAGCGGCUUGUCAAAUCCCUCCAGCUAAAGUUGAUUAUGAAGUUGAAAUGGCUAUUGUUAUUGGUAAAGAAGGUAAAGAUAUCCCAUUACAUAAGGCACACGAAUAUAUUCUAGGUUAUACAAUUGGUAAUGAUGUUAGUCAACGUACCUGGCAAAUGGAUAGAGGUGGUACUCAAUUUGGUGUUGGUAAAAUGUUUGAUACAUUUGCACCAUUGGGACCAUGUAUUGUCUCAUCAAAUGUGCUACCAGAUACUGAUGGUUUAAACAUUAGCUGUAAAGUUAAUGGUAUUACUAGACAAGAUUCAAACACCUCAGAUAUGAUUUUCAACUGUUUUGAGGUUGUUUCUUUUAUGUCCAAUGGUACAACUUUGAAGCCUGGUGAUGUUAUCUUUACUGGUACACCUUCAGGUGUUGCAGUUGGGUUGAAUCCAUCUCCUUGGUUGAAAGACGGGGAUGAAAUCGUUUUCGAAAUUGAUAAAAUUGGUACAUUGAAGAAUAAAGUUGUUUUUGAAAAUGAUCCAGAAAUAACAAAAUUGCAUCUAUAG